UUUCCCCGAUUGGAUUGGACGAAGGAUUCAACGGCGUAAAUCCAACUCCCCCACUCCGCCGGCAACCUCACCCCUCUCCGUUCACAGUCUUAGAUUCGUCAACCGCCUCCUAGGCCGCUCGCCGGCGGCCAGGACCACCGGAGUUUCUGAGUCCCCUUUCUCUCUGACGGAGGUGCGCUGCUCGUCCUGCGCUUGCCGCUCCUCUUCAUCGCCACUGUUGAGGGCAUCGAUUGCAACCCGCGGCGGCGGCGAGCGGUUCCCCCGAGAGCUUGGUUAGUGCGCGCGCGCGCCGAGCAUCGCAGGUGACGCCACUAGAGCGCGGUGCGGCGGCGCACGCACGGUCAGCCUUCCCGGAGGGCAAGACCCGCGGCUGUGGCGGGCCGAGCUCCGCUGGAGACGGCCAGCAAUGCCAACCGGCCGGCUGUCCUCCAUCUUCACCAGCAAUGCAACCUCCUCCUUCAGGGCUCCUUCGCCACAGCCACGAGCCCCCCUCGCCGCCUUGGCUGCCACCACAGAGCGCGUGUGUGCCGGAACGCUAAGACCGGAGGAGGCGCACCACCUGUUCGACGAAUUGCUGAGCCAAGCCGCCGCCGUCCCGGAACGCGGGCUGAACAACUUUCUUGCCGCACUAGCCCGUGCUCCACCCUCAGCUGCCUGCAGCGAUGGCCCCGGCCUUGCCAUCACCCUCUUCAACCGCAUGUCCCGAGGCGCUGGUGCACAGGUGGUGUCGCCCACGCUCUGUACCUAUUCCAUUCUCAUGGACUGCUGCUGCCGUGCAGGCCGCCCGGACUUGGUGGUUGCCUUCUUUGGCCGCCUCCUCAGAUUGGGGCUGCGCUUGAAUGUCAUCUCCUUCAACAACCUCCUCAAGGGGCUCUGCCAGGUCAGUACAAAUGAGGCUGUGGACUUGUUGCUCCACCGGACACCUGAACUGGACUGUGUGCCUAAUGUCUUCUCGUACAGCAUCGUAAUCAACGGCUGUUUUAAAGAAGGUGAAGUAGACAAAGCGUGCAAUCUCUUCCAUGAGAUGCCCCAACUGGGAGUUCAACCUAAUGUGGUCAUCUACACCUCAAUUAUCGAUGCACUAAGCAAGUGCGGAGCCAUGGACAAGGCAGAAGUGGUCCUUCAGCAAAUGGUUGAUCAAGGCAUUGAACCCAACAUCAGGACAUAUACUAGCCUGAUACAUGGAUAUUCCGCUUCGGGUCAGUGGAAGGCGGCAGCUAGAGUAUUCAAGGAAAUGGUAAGUGUUGGUGUUCUACCAAAUGCUGUCACUUUGAACUCAUUUAUGGAUUCACUUUGCAAGCAUAGAAGGACAAAGGAUGCUAGAGAUAUUUUUGACUCCAUGGCUGCAAAGGGCCAAAAACCUGAUAUUUUCUCCUACUCUAUUAUGCUAAAUGGGUAUGCUAAAGAAGGAUACUUCGAGGAUAUGACUGAUCUCUUCAAUUUGAUGGUACUGAAUGGUAUUGUACCUAACCACCAUAUUUUCAACAUACUGAUCAAUGCAUAUGCUAAACGUGGACUGAUGGAUGAGGCUAUGCACAUGUUCGAAGUAAUGAGGCAACAAGGAGUAAACCCAAAUGUAGUUGACUAUGUAGUAGUAAUGGAUUCACUUUGCAAAAUGGGUAGGAUGGAUGCUGCUCUGGACAAAUUUACUCAGAUGGUCAAUCAAGGAGUUUCACCUAACAAAGCUGUUUACCAAUGCCUGGUUCUGGGUUCUUGCUCUCAUGGUCAUUUUGUGAAAGCCAAGGAAUUGAUCUCUGAAGCAAUUAAUAGAGGUCUGUUUUCUAACAGUGUGUUCUUCUAUCCUGUAAUAAACGACCUAUGCAAAGAAGGAAAGGUGAAGGAGGCACAGGAUAUGUUUGACUUCAUUCUAGGUAUUGGUCGGCGGCCUGAUGUGAUUAUGUACAAUUCACUGAUGGAUGGAUAUUGCCUUGUUGGCAAGGUGGAGGAAGCACUGAGAGUACUUGAUGCUAUGAAGUCUGCUGGCCUCCAACCUACUGCUGUUACGUAUGCUAUACUUCUUAAUGGCUACUGUAAAAUUGGCAGGAUCGCCGAUGGAUUGAGUCUUUUCAGGGAAAUGUCACUCAGCGGGGUUAAACCCACGACUUUUAUGUACAACAUUAUACUUGAUGGGCUGUUUCGCUCCGGGAGAGCAGUUUCUGCAAAGGAAAAAUUCCGUACGAUGAGCGAAAGUGGCAUACCAGUGGGCAUUGUCACAUACAACAUAGUUCUUCAUGGAUUUUGUAGAAACAAUUGCACUGAUGAAGCAAUAGAGCUGUUCAAGAAACUACGUGGAAUGAAUGUGAAGAUUGAUGUCAUAACACUCACUACCAUGAUUUCUGCAAUGUUUAAAACUAGGAGAAUUGAAGAAGCCAAGGAUUUGUUUGCUACUAUAUCAGCCAUUGGGUUGGUGCCUUCUGUUGUGAGUUACAGUGUAAUGAUGACGAAUUUCAUAAAAGAAGGGUUGCUGGCAGAGGCUGAUGAUAUGUUUUUAGCAAUGGAGAAGGCUGGCUGUGCUCCUGACUCGAGACUGCUAAAUCACGUGGUCAGAGUGUUGCUGGAGAAUGGUGCAGUUGUAAAGGCUGCAACUUAUCUCGCUAAACUUGAUGCAAAACAGCUGUCACUUGAAGCUUCGACGGUUUCGUUAAUACUAUCUCUCUUCUCAAGGAAAGGGAAAUUAAGGGAGCAUGUAAAAUUGCUUCCGGUAAAGUACCAACCUCCUGAGAUGUUGGACUGACAAUUGAUGCAUUAUUACUUGGAACUUCCUACUGAAAAACAAGGUGGUAUUCACUCAUAGCUACACAAUGGCAUAGCCCCCCACCUUCCUUUUUUGGAAAAUGCAGAAAAUUCAUCCAUUCUGUUGUUGCCUGAUGUUUGAUGUCACGUUCUAGUUAAUAUAACAAGCCUGUGGCCUGAGAGUCAUAUGAGUUUCCCUAUUUUCUGUGAUGAAGAAGGCGUAACUCUGAUCUGGAAAGUUUGGAUAUGUCACACAUUUAGGCCUAUUCAGGGUAUCCAAAUUUGUGGCAGGGUACUUGGCUGCCUACCUCUGGGAAUACCCAAUCUCGGUGUUUACGCAUUUAUGCUUGACCAAGGACAAGGAGUGCAACACAAACACGAUAUAAAAUAUUUUGUUUAACAGCUGUGAUAUUUUUCAGUAAUGCCUCUCUCAACAGUAGUGUUUUUUUUUGGGAAAGCGUUAAGUGCGCGGUAUUCAUGGGUUGCAUACUGGUAAACAGGAUUGAACUGUGUUGUCAUCUAAAAUCUAGUUGCCAGCGCUAGUGCACCUUAGUUAGUAAUAUGAUGUUACUUGAGGGCUAUUAAGCA